AUGAGUACUUCUUAUGAUACAGCAUCCGCUAUUCCACCGCCAGCGACAAUAGUACCAGCCUUUGCUUCCCCAGAAAACACUUCAACAUCCGCUGUUUCAUCUUCCCACAGGCCUGCCGACGAGGAGGCCAUCCUCAAUGAUAGGGACCAGGUCAUUUCAACACCAAAAGGGACUUUGAAUGACGAGGAAGAAUGUGUAGUGACUCCCCAAAAUGUCAAUGAGGAACAUCACGCGUAUUUUCGAUACUCAUAUGAUGCGAUAUUCGGCAUAGUAUUCCGCCCCGCAUUCGAGGAACGUCUACGACAACACCUUGAGAGCAAUUUACCGGAUGACCCUUCUUGGCUUGCAAUGCGUUCAACCAUUUAUGCCUCUGGGUGCAUGGCUCUUCUGUCCAAGGACCCUUCAGUGGCAUUUGAAGACGUUCACAGGACGGCAUGGCGAUACUUCGAAAAUGCCAUAUCAGUGCAUACCGAGCUGUUGAUCGCCCCUACCGGUCUAGCCGGGGUGCAAGCUCUGGCGCUGAUGAGCUAUUUUGUGGAGGGGCUCGGAAACCCUGCACUGGAGUAUACUUUCUGCUCAAGCGCAGUGCGACUGGCACAAGCGAAAGGCUUACAUCGUCAGCCUGCAAAAUCUUGGAAACUCCCAGAGGCUGAGAUUCUACACCGAAACUGGCUCUGGUGGGCAAUAUACUGCAGUGAUAAAAGUAUUGCAAGACGUUCAGGGCGCCCUUCGGCCAUUGAUGAUGAAGAAAUUAGCUGUGAGAUCCCCUCGAAAAAGGUUGACGGCAGCACUAUGGAUCUGGACUUUUUCACAUACGCGAUUCGGCAUGCGCAGCUUUCGUCGCAGAUUUCUCAUCAGUUGUUAUCAGCAAAAGCUCUCCGAUUUGGACCUACUAGCCUAAUCGAUAGAGUUAAGAACAUGUUGCAAAGGCUAGAAAUGCUACAAAGAACACUUCCGGCUCAUCUCAAAAUCGAUUCGGCAAAGGGGAACGCCUUAUCACCUUCUGCGAUUCGGUAUGACCAUAUCAUGUACUUGCACGACGCAUAUUAUGGCAGCCUUAUGGCUAUUCACUCAUUGUUCUCAUAUCCCUGGAUCUGGUUGCUCGAUAACAUGGAGAAUAACGUUGCAGUUCAGUCGCAAAUGGCUGCCAGUUCCGUUGCACUUGCUGAGGCCGCAAGGAAUAUUAUUCUAGCCUCAAGGGUAUUGGAAAUUAAUCCUAGCUCUCCACAUUGGCUAGCAUUUUCGUACCCUAUGUUCGCACUCAUCAACCUGUUCAUUUGUGUUCUGAAAUCCCCAACAGCACCAUCUAGCAAUUCUAGUUUGGCUUUAUUGGAUAUGGCCGCAGGCCACUUCGGACACAUGGAAUUUAUCACCACCUCUGAACUGUCGUUCCCAUUUGCGCGUGAGGCGGCUUCCCUUGCGCGCAAGGUUGUUAAGGCCGCCGCCCAAUCGAUGUCUGAAAAUACUGACGAGUCCUCCGGUACGAUCAAUCGCGAUGUCAUCCCGCUAGGGCUUGAUUUGGAACCAUUUGGCAAUCCGAAUGAUCUGGACAUGAUUGAUCUGGACAUCGAAAGUUGGGGCGUUUUCGGCUUUUCAGGUGAACCCUUUUAA